AUGUCGGAAGCACAUUUGAAAACCGGUGAUCCCCUACCACCUUUCAAUGGAAGGAUUCGGUUGUUCGCAAUGCGAUUUUGCCCAUACGCAGAGAGAUGUAUCCUGGUAUUAAAUGCCAAAAAAAUUAAGUAUGACUUAGUUUUUAUUAAUCUACAUAAGAAGCCGGAGUGGAUUUUCCGUUUUAACCCAAAAGGAGCUGUACCCAUCUUAGAAUACGAAGAAGGCAAAGCAAUUUUUGAAAGCGGUAUAAUCAAUUCUUAUCUAGAGGAGUACUACCCCGAUCCCCCCCUUCUGGCAUCCAAUCCAUUAAAAAGAGCACAGGAUAGAAUUGUUUGUGAAUUGUUAUCAACUGUUCAAGACACCUAUUAUACAGUUGCAUUCAAUAGAAACACGUUAACUACAGAAUCCAUUGAAGCAUACCACCGGGGGCUAAAAAUAUUGCAAAAAGAUUUAUCAUCUAGGGGAACAACAUUCUUAGUUGGAGAUAAACCGGGCUUAGUUGAUUAUACAAUUUGGCCCUUUUUACAACGCUUUUUAGCGUUACCAUUAUUGGGAAAACCUGAGUUAGCUAUUACAGAAGAAAAAUAUAGUGUUCUGUUAAAGUAUAUUGAAGCUUUAAAAAAUGACCCUGCAGUAAAAACCUACUAUUUGAGCCCAGAAAUCCACGCAAUGUUUAUAGAAUCUCGUCUGAAGGGUAAUCCUAAAUAUAAUAUGCUUGUUAGUGGCCAGUGUUCCUUGUAG